AUGGCCGACGACGACGAGGGGCUCUACGACGAGCUCUACGGCGAUGACGACGACGACGUGCCGAUGGCGCCGCCCCAGAUCAUCCCGCCCGAGGAACCGGCGCCCGAGGAACCGACGCCGGCGCCCGAGGAACCGGCUCCCGUCGCGGCGAACGCCCCCGGCGACGGCGACGGCGGAGACGACGACGACAGCGACGACGACUUCGACAUCGCCCUCAACGAACCCGAAGAGCGCGGAUCGGACGAGGAGCCCGACGAGUUCAUGAUCCAACUCGACGACACCGAGCAGAAGCAGCAGCUGUACCAGCAGCAGUACGGCGCCGAGGAGGAAGACGCGGGCGCGGGAGACGAGCUCGAAGCACAACUCGACGGCAUGCCCGGCGCCGCCCCGGACGACGCCGCCGCCCAAUCCGAUCCGAUCCAUUACAGGUCCAAGACGUACGUCAGGGGAUCGGCGCCGCCCCCGCCCGCGCCGCCCCCGGGAGCGCCGUCCAACCCCGCUGCCGCUCGAGCCGGAGGUCCCCCGCCCCCGGCGCCGCCCCCGGGCCGCCCCUCCUUCGCGGCGGGCGGCUCCGCGCCCGCGGGGGUACCCCGGGGCACCGCGCUCGCCUCGGAUCUCACCGGACGGUCCGGGCCGCCGCCGCCGCCGCCGCCCCCCGGAGCGCCGUCGGUGCCGAGGUACGUGGGUCCCGCUGUUCGACCGCCGCCGCCGUUGCAGAUGGAGGACGGCACGUGGAACACGUACAACCGGCAGCCGCCCAACGCGCGGUACAACGAGAAGGGCCAGCGGAUGAUGCCCGGCGGCGAGGGAGGGUCGCGGUUCAUACCGCCGGAGGAGUACAAGGAGUUUUUACAGCUGGGCCACGGCGGAAUCUUCGACGUCGACCUCGAUAACAUCGACGUCGCGCCCUGGCGCAAACCCGGCGCAGACGUCUCCGCGUACUUCAACUUUGGCAUGAACGAGCACACUUGGCGCCAGUACGCCUCCGACGUCCGGCACGCGAGGCUCGAGCUCGCCCUCCAGGAGAAGAUCCAGACGGUGGGCGACGACGACGACAUAGCCUACCCGCACGGCCCGCCGCCGGAGAUGCUGAUGCAGCGCGCGAUGGACGCACCCGGCGGUUCGUUCGGGGGACCGCCCGGGCCCGGAGGAGGGUUCGCGCCCCCGCCGCCGGCGGGACCGCCGCCGCCGGACCAGCCGAUGGGCCGCGGGGGUUUUCCGCCCCAUGGGUCGCCGAUGGGGCCGCCGCCGCCGACGGGGCCCCCGGGCGCAGAUUUCGGCGGACCGGGCGCGAUGCUCGAUCCGAAGGACAUGCCGAGGUGGAUGCGCGCGACGAUGGGGGUCGCCCUCGAGGACGCGCCCGCCGAGGAGAUCGAGGAGGAGAUCACGGAGGAGGUGACGGACGACGAGGAGGAGGAGGAGUACGGGUUGGUCCUCGCCGGCGACGACGACGAGGACGAAGCCGACGCGGGCGACGGAGACGGCCGGCCGAAGGAGAAGAAGAAGAAGACGGUGACGCGCACGGUGAAGCGGGUCGUGGAGAAGUCGGAGGAGGAGCGCGCCGCCAUCGCGGAGGAGCGGGAGCUGCUCGAGAGCGACCCGAUCGCGGCGAUGGCCAUCGACCGGGAUUCCGUCUCCAAGGAUGUCGUCAAGGCUCUGGACGAGAUGGCGGUGAUGUCGUGGAUGCAGGCGCUGCAGAUGCGCCACAUGAGGCUCAUGCAAGCCGGCAUGAUGCAGCCCGACCGCGUGCAGGAGCUGCAGGGGCACGUGGCGGACGGACAGGCGCUCAUGAUGACCGUCCGCGAAUGCGUCAUGGAGAUGCAAUCGCGGGGAAAAUGGACCGAGCUCAACAACAUGAUGAAUGGCGGCGGCGGCCAAGGCGGCGUCCACGGCGGCUACGGCGGCGACUGGGGCGGUGCCCAGGCCCCGCGAACCUGCCACAAGUGCGGCAUGCCCGGGCACAUCGCUCGAGAGUGCCCGAACGCCCCGGGCGAGCAGCGAACCUGCCACGUGUGCGGCGAGGGGGGCCACAUCGCUCGAGAUUGCCCCCAAGGGCCCAGCCGGCCCGAGGAGCGCGCGUGCCACGUGUGCGGCGAGAGCGGCCACCUCGCGCGCGACUGCCCGCAGAGCACGUGUCACAACUGCGGCAAGCCCGGGCACCGAGCGGCGGAGUGCCCGGAGGCGCGGUGCCGACGAUGCGGCGAGAAGGGACACAUGGCCCGCGACUGCGUCAACCCUCCGAUGUCUCGGGGAGGAGGAGGAGGAGGCGGCGGCGGCGGAGGCAGGGACGCGGACGAGAAGGCGAGGGACAGCCCGCGCGACCGCCGCGACGAGCCCCCGAGGCGCGACCGCCGCGAGCGCUCCCCGAAUCGUCGCGACGAGAGGGACGACAGGGACAGGGAAAGGGACAGGGAAAGGGACAGGGACCGCGAUAGGGACAGGGACAGGGACCGAGGGGGCGGCGGCUCCAGGCGCGUCGUCGUCGUCAGGCGCACCGGCGGCGGCGGCGGCGACCGCGGAAGGGACCGCGGGAGGGACGAGAGCAGGGAUCGCGGCGGCGGGGACCGCGGCGGGGCGCGCGAGAGCGGCUGGGGCUUCGACCGAGGGGGCGGCGGCGGUCGCGAUCUUCGCGACAGGGUCGGCGGCAAGGACGACCGGGGCCGGGACUCGCCGAGGGAGGGCGGCGGCCGAUCGCGCGAGCAGAGGGACGAGAAGGAACGCAACGUCCGCGAUAGGGCGCCCGCGGAGAAGAGAAAGUCGGGCGGCGGCGGCGGCGGCGGCGAGGACUCGGGCCGGGGCAAGCGCAGCCGCCGAUGA